AUGUCGAUGGAAUCUCUAGCCCAGGAGCUGAGAUCCGCUCUUCACCAAUACCCAAACUUCCCCAGCAAGGGCAUUCUUUUCGAAGAUUUCCUGCCAAUUUUCAGGUCACCUCAGCUGUUUGGUAAGAUGGUGCAAGCUUUCAAACAGCACUUUGAAAGCAAGUUUAGGGACACCAAAAUCGACUAUAUUGUGGCUUUGGAAGCUCGUGGGUUUUUGUUUGCUCCUGCAGUGGCUUUGGAGAUUGGUGCAGGUUUCGUACCUGUCAGAAAACACGGCAAGCUGCCCGGCGAAUGUGUACACGCAACUUACACCAAAGAGUACGGUGAAGACGUGUUCGACAUCCAGAUCGAGUCAAUUCCCGAGGGAUCCAACGUUGUGAUUAUGGACGAUAUCAUCGCAACCGGUGGCUCUGCGUUGGCAGCCGGUGAAUUGGUCGAGAAAUUGGGUGCCAACAUCUUGGAGUUUUCGUUUUUUAUGGAGCUCGAUUUCCUCAAGGGCCGUGAAAGACUGCAGGCGCCUGUGUUCACGCUGCUGACCGGCCAGGAACACGCCUUGCAGUGA